GGGGCCUGGCUGGGAAGCGAAAGCGAAAGCCAGGAUCCCCGCGCCCUUUGCCGACGUCCGGGCGAGCCCAGGGGAGCCCAGGGGAGAAAGAGCAGGCUUCAGACGCAGUCUCCAGGACUUAACAGAAAGCCGUGUGGAACCGCUGUCCCUCCGCCGCAGACCCGGCGCACCAUGCCGCCCCUUGACCCGAAGCCCUGGGCCUCUCUGCUGCUGGUGGACGCGGUCCUACUUUGGCUGCUGCAAGGGGCUCUGGGGGAUCUGCUUCCCCAUGGGCUUCCAGGAGUCUGGCUGGAGGGGACCCUGCGACUUGGAGGACUGUGGGGGCUGCUAAAGCUGGGGGGCCUGCUGGGACUUGUGGGGACCCUUCUGCCGCUGCUCUGCCUGGCCAGCCCCCUGUUCCUUUCCCUGAAAGCCCUGGUUGGAGGCACCUUGAGCGCCCAGGCGGUCAGACUGGCUUCUGCGUCUUGGGGCUGGUUGCUGGCCAGCUAUGGAGCUGCGGUACUGGGCUGGGCCGUGUGGGCUGUGCUGAGUACUCCAGGAGACCAGGAGAGGGAACCGGGCGAGGAGAACAGCAAAGCCCUUAUGUGGAGGUUGAUGAAGCUCUCCAGGCCCGACUUGUCUUUCCUCAUGGCCGCCUUCCUCUUCCUUGUGUUGGCGGUGUUGGGGGAGACUUUAAUCCCUCACUAUUCUGGUCGUGUGAUUGACAUCCUGGGAGGUCAUUUUGACCCGGAUGCUUUUACCAGUGCCAUCAUUUUCAUGUGCCUGUUCUCUGUUGGGAGCUCCCUGUCCGCAGGCUGCCGAGGAGGCUGCUUUACCUUCAUCAUGUCCAGAAUCAACUUGCGGAUACGAGAGCAGCUCUUCUCUUCCCUGCUGUGUCAAGACCUUGGUUUCUUCCAGGAGACUAAGACAGGGGAACUGAAUUCUCGGCUGAGCUCAGACACCCUCUUGAUGAGCCGCUGGCUGC